AAUCCUGCAAAUUUAAAUUUCGAACACUUGUUGUUAUACGUCACGCAAAAACAUGCCGAGUCAAGGAUUAAAAGUCUCAAGGAGAAACUUUGUUCCACCGAAGUUUUUGAAAAAGAUGUGGAAAUCAUAGAAGGACAUCAAGAGUUUCCCGAAGAUUUUAUAUCCGAUGAUUCACCGAUAUCUGAUAAAGUAGCAAAAAAAUAUCUGAAAGUCAUCAAGCUGCGCGUAUGGCUCUCCGAGAGUAGAUAUGUCAAAGUGGGUGUGGACAUUCGCAGUAGUAGAAUUGUCAUCGAGGAGAACAACAAGAAUAUAGAGGAAGACUUUAUAAAGAUUUGCGAGGAGAAGCUCGUUAUUACACCAGACUUUCUGAGUAUUGUUCCUGAGGUCUUCCUCUACAUCAAAUUUUCUUCAAUGUUGACUCAUAUUGAAAAUGCCGCCAAAUACUUGAAGUUUGACGUCCAUCGUGGAGUAAUAUUGAGUAUAGAGGACAAUGCAAGAUUGGGCACGAAGCAACUCUUAUUUCUUCGUUUUCCACAAUACACCGAUUAUUUCCUUAUUUUUGGAAUGCUGGAGCGAGAAUCGCGUUAUUGGCUUGCUGUCUUAAGCCGUGUAGCUACCACAAGGUACAUCUACGAUAAGAGCGUGCGAGAUCCUACUCACAGAAUUACGUCCAUUCAACGGAUACCUCUGGAAGAUUUGGUCCUUUCGGAUCACGAAGGACUUGAUUCGAUCGUGGAUAUAAUUGAUAAAGGAAAAUCGAUUUUGCAAGAAGGCGAAAUUUUGGAGCAAAAAGGAACGGAGGUUGUUCCGGGAAAGCGUAAUUUCGAAGAAAUCGAUAACCGAAUGGAAGAAUCUGACUCACCGCGAAAGAGAAAACUGAAGCAAGCCGAGGCAGAAUUUGAAUACGAAAUCAUUCUACUUUCAAAGAUUUCUUCCCUUUGUCGCGCCCGUAUCUCAUACCGUAAGAUGGAAGAACUCCUCAAAUCACAUGAUUUAUCAUUCAACACGGUGCAGCCCGACAGUUCCACCGAAUUCCUGGACUCCAAUGCUUCUAUAUCACUGAAUUCGGCGAUACCAAUUUUAAAAUUGGACCGGAGACAAUUGUUGAUUAGGCUUCCAGUGGAAAUAGAAGGUGCCAUGAAUGUCUUUGGUGACAUUUAUGUUCGCUACGUUGGGUCGCGACUGAUGGACUCUUCAACAUCAUCGGCAAUCAUGAUAACGAGCCUUAAACCUGACAACCUGCCGACAAUAAGCGACGUUAUUUCAAUGGACCAUAUUCAAUACGAUCUUUCCUCACAGAUACUAUCAUUUAAAUACAACGUCACCGAUCCCUAUAUCGACAAGUUUUUAGGUGAUUGGAAUAAUAUCGUGAUGAUCUGUCAGACUGCCACACAAGUAUUAAAUUUCGUUUGGAAUGAUCUUCAUUAUACGGAGGAUUUGUUUGUCGAAAUUGAGUGGAAUGUCAAUAAGUACGUUCUGCGUUUCGGCGUUAACAAUUCUGAAAAUCGACGUAAUCCACACCAGAGGAUAUGUAAUUAUUUACAAAAUGCUCUGAACAUUGAACGUAAAGUCGAUUCUCUUAUUCCAGCAUUGAUAAAGACUGCACCGCUAUUUUCAGUUCUGGAUGAAUUGUAUGAGAAUAAUAACGUGCUUUCCGGAGGAAAAUUCCUUAGCAUAAUACCUCGAUCUUUCAAUCACAUUCGCUUAAUCUAUUCAUCACG